CUUGUAAUAUAAGUUUGAAAGCUUGUAAAGUUAAUUGGUUUUUGCCGGUUUUUAUGUGCGUCUACGAAGUCGUUUUUGUGUUUUCCACAUGCAAAGCAUUGUGCACAAUUUAACAUGGAAAAGACAGAAGAAGAACGACGUCAAUUAGUUGCGCGCAGAGGCACGAAAAAAGGUACUCUAACAAGAUUGAAAAACAAAAUGGAAGAAUCGUAUAUAAACGAUAUAGAAAUGCUAAAACUGAUGGUAGAGAGGGCCCAGACGGCAUUCCACGAUUAUGAAGAUCUGUGCGAGAAAAUAGGUGAUGAGGAGGAUCCCAUUGCUGUCGAAACGACUUUUUAUGAAUGCGUCGCAGCAAUGCGGCAGCGAAUUGCGGAUUUAUCGGCACCUGUACCCACCCCUGCCGUUUUGCCGGCAGUGACGCCGCAAGUGUCGUCGAAAAUAAAGUUACCGAGCAUACAAAUACCAUCAUUCAAUGGCAAGUAUACAGAAUACAGACCUUUCAUAGAAAUGUUUACUGCCCUUGUGCAUAACAAUGAAGGGUUCGACAAUAUACAAAAGUUUUUUUUACCUGAGAAGCUUCCUAAAAGCUGAGGCAUUUGAUUUAGUCAAAAACUUACCUGUCAUCGGUCAAAGUUAUUCCGAAGCUCUCAAAAUUUUAGCUGAUAGGUACGAUAAUAAAUAUAAAAUCAUCAAUGAGCACAUAAAUGCUUUGUUUGAGUUGCCAAUGCUAACUAAGUCAAGUCCUAGUGCUUUACGCUCAUUGAUUUCAAUAACAAAACAGCAUUUAGCUGCAUUAAAAAACCUUGAUGAGGCCAUUGAAAAAUGGGACAGCGUUCUCAUUUGCCUAUUAAAUAAAAAACUAGACCCAGUCACUAACCGAGAGUAUCAUUUGCAUAGGGAUUCCUCAAAACAGCCAACCUUUAAUGAUUUUUUGAAAUUUGUAGAAGGUCGGGCCCUUGCCCUAGAGAACAGUGAGGGACGGGGUGAUACAGCAAGCUGUGCUGCUGGCAAGGUAGCUCCAGUGAAGAUGGCAUCAUCAUCAUUUGUCACUACCAAAGCAUCCCAAGGCUGUCUGUACUGUGUGCCUGUUGUCGCAGCCUGAGGAGCUGCGCGAUCCUGAUGCCGCACCCAGCUUGGUUCACACACAGUUUGGUUACAUAGUAGGAGGUGAUGUUCCAUCUUCUAUUCUUAAACGACCUGCUGUUUCUCUUUUCUGUCAAGAAUGUCAAACUGAUGUACGCGAUACUAUGUCUAAUUUUUGGCAAACAGAAAAAGUACCUGAAAUAUAUGCGGAACAUACAUCUGAACAACAACAGUGCGAAAAAUUGUUCACUGAAACUGUCAAACUUGAAGACAAUCAAUUUACAGUUUCAUUGCCAUUAAAAAUACCUAUCUAUGAUGUGAACAAUACAUUGGGGGAUUCAUUUGGGUUAGCUCUCAAGAGAUUUUAUAAUCUCGAGAAGAGAUUUCAGAAGGAUCAGAAUUUGUAUGAAGGUUAUAAGGAUUUCAUACAUGAAUAUCUCGACUUAGGUCAUGGAUCAUAUGUUGACAUUUCCUCAUAUGAUCUUACUAAAGAUCCUGUGUACUUUAUGGGACAUUCAGCUGUUUUAAGGCCAGAUGCAGUAAGUACCAAGCUCCGGGUAGUCUUUGAUGGAUCUAUGUUAACGAGUAAUAAGAUUUCAUUGAAUAAUAUUUUAAUGAAUGGACCAACUGUUCAACAGGAACUGUUCGACAUACUGUUGUCAUUUAGAGUGCACAAAUAUUUCAUUGCUUGUGAUAUCAGGCGUAUGUUCCGAAAUAUUUUAGUACAGAAAGAUCAGCGAUCUUUGCAAAAUAUUCUCUGGCGAGACACUCCUAAUGAGUCACUAAAAUGUAUUCAGCUAAACACAGUUUGCUAUGGAAUGAAGUCAUCAAGUUAUCUUUCAACAAGAUGCUUGAACGAGCUGGCUACGAAAUUCGAGAGGCAAUAUCCUCUAGCUAGUUCUGCAAUACUAAACUCUACCUAUGUAGAUGACAUCAUUCAUACAGAGGAUAGUUUGGCAAAGAUUGUUGACACUCAAACUCAAUUAAUAGAAUUACUUGCUAAAGGUAGUUUUAAACUACAUAAAUGGGCAGCUAAUGACUCUUCAAUUUUGACAAAUAUUCCAGCAGAGCAGCAGGUUGUUGGAGAACUGGAACUGAAUAAGGACAUCAAAACUUUAGGUUUAAAGUUAGAUAUUGACUCUGAUUCUUUUAAACUUUCAUGUCCAGUGUCAAAAAAUGUCCCUAAAACAAAAAGACAAAUUUUAAGUUACAUAAGCCAAUUCUAUGACCCUUUAGGUCUAGCGGGACUCGUUUUUGUCCAAGCUAAAAUCAUUAUGCAAAAAUUGGCUCAGGCUUGUACCGACUGGGACUCAGUGCCCUCGCCUAUUUUACUAAAAGAAUGGCUUGAAUUUUACAAUGAUUUGCAGACAAUGAAAGAAAUUAAAAUAAAACGAAAUGUUACUGUUGAUAACAUUCAGUCUGCUCAAUUAGUAGCAUUUGGUGAUGCCUCAAUUUCUGCAUAUGGAGCAGCCAUUUAUUUAAGAGUCACUGACAAGCAUGGCAAAGUAUCGAUGUCGCUUCUUUGUUCUAAGAGUCGCAUUGCAUCUAAAGACAAGAAGUUGACUGUGCCACGAUUAGAAUUAAAUGCAUCUCUUUUAAUGGCAAAAUUAUGCUUUAGAGCAUACAAUACUUUAAGUAAAAAGAUAUCUAUUGAAAGUGUGCAUCUUUUCAGUGAUUCUCAGGUUGUUUUGGCAUGGCAAAAAACGAAUCCAACAAAACUAAAUGCUUAUGUUGCUAAUAGAGUCAAAUUAAUCAACGAAUAUACAAAGGGUUUUCAAUGGUUGUAUAUAAAAACAGACCUCAAUCCUUCUGAUUGUUUGAGUCGAGGUGUAAAACCUAGUGAACUACAAAGUAACCAACUGUGGUGGUGCGGACCUACUAGCAUGUCUGAUCCAGAGUAUAAAUUCACCGAUGAUAGUAAUAAUGUACCUGACAACUUACCGGAGAUCAAGCAUGCUGAUGGUUCCAAGCCGGUGUGUAUGGCAUCAUAUCAAUCGGUUUCUCUUGCAAAUGAUUUGUUAGAUAAGUUUUCUAACAUUAAUAAGGCAGUUAACGUGCUUGCCUACAUACAAAGAUUCUGUAAAAAUGUAAGGCCGGGUUCACAAAAAAUAAAGCUUAAUUUUAUUACUUUUAGCGAGGCAACCCAGGCAUUGCAUAUGUUUAUAAAGAAUGAGCAGGAAAGGUUCUUUGAUAAAGAGCUGGCCUCUUUGCGGGCAGGUAGGCAAGUUUCGUCGUAUUUACUAUCUGUCAACCCCUUCAUUGAUGCUAACGGUAUUCUCAGAGUAGGUGGACGUUUGCAACACUCCUCCUUACCUUAUAGCCAUAAGCAUCAGAUAAUCUUACCAAAAGAAUCUAAGGUCACUUACCUUAUUAUUGAAAAUGAACAUUUAAAGCUUUUACACGCCAGUCAGAAAGAAGUACUUAGCAAUUUAAGUCAACGCUAUUAUAUAGUUAACGGUUUGAGAUUGGUAAAAAAGUUUGUGAAUAAAUGUCUCACAUGUUUUAGACUGAAAGGUGAAACAGCAAAACAGCUGAUGGGUUCAUUGCCCGCUGGUAGAGUCAGCAUAGAUCGAGUGUUUGCUAAGGUUGGUAUAGACUUUGCGGGACCAAUCCUGAUAAAGCAGUCAAGAGUGAGAAGUGUUGUCACUACUAAAGGUUAUAUUGCUAUGUAUGUGUGCUUUGUCACCAAAGCCAUACAUUUAGAGUUAGUGUCAGAUCUCACCACUGAUACAUUCUUGGCUAGCUUCAAACGAUUUAUUGCUAGACGUAAUGUUCCAACAGAGGUCUAUUGUGAUAAUGCCGCUACUUUUAAGUCGGCUAGUACUCAGUUGUCUGAGUUAUAUAAAUUGAAUAAUAAUAAAUGUCAUCAAAUUCAAGUUCAAAAUGUAACUGCAAAAUUGGGAACAACAUUCCAUUUCAUACCGAGUUACUCUCCGGUGUUUGGUGGUCUAUGGGAGGCCGCAGUAAAAAGUGUUAAAUAUCAUUUGAAAAGAAUGUUGGGCUCACAUGUUUUAACAUAUGAAUUGUUGUACACGGCACUUGUUCAAAUUGAAAGCAUUUUGAACUCGAGGCCUAUAACGCCAAUGUCAUCAGACAUUGAGGACCUCUCCUAUUUAACGCCAGGGCACUUCUUAACUGGUGCGCCCUUAACUUGCUAUCCUGAGCAGGAUAUCACGAACUUACCUGAUAAUAGAUUGAAGUUUUGGAGGAAAUGUACUGCUCUGCAGCAGCAUUUUUGGCGAUAUUGGUCUAAACAAUACCUUAAUGUCUUACAAAACCGUCCUAAAUGGAAGGCCGCCUUGCCUAAUAUUAAAGUAGGUGCUCUAGUUAUCUUGCGUGAAAUAGAUACUCCGCCUAUGUCUUGGCCUAUGGCUAGAGUUACUAAGGUUUUUCCAGGUCAGGAUGGAAAGAUAAGAGCCUUAGAAGUAAAAAAGGCUAAUGGUAAAGUUCACUUCUAUUACUAAAGUGUGUAUACUACCUUUAGAUGAAUAGGUAGUGUUUCAAAAUGUUAUUAUAUGGUAUUUUAAUAUUUUAGUUAAGUAUUAUGGCUAAUAUCCUACUGAAUUGUAUUGAUACUUAAUUUAUAACUGUAAGUAGGUAGUCAUGUACUAUGUGUUGAUGCUGGGUGCAUCUAAUGUAUAAGAUGUUUAUUUAGUUAUAUAAAAUGUGUCUUAUCUUAUGUUUGUUACAUACUGUUUCAUAACUACUUUCAUAGCAAUCUUGUAAACUUAUUAAGUUAUUAGUAAGAGUUAUAUUAAUUUCAAUUUCACAAACCUUAAAAGAUUACAGUCCACUCUAGAUAUUGAAGUAUACAAGGGAGCUAAUGUGAAAUGUAGUUUAAUAUUUAAUAAGGUAUUAAUUUGUACCUAGUUAUGUUAUUUUAUGUUGGCGGAAUAUGUUGCAGAAUGGAGUUUUUAUCCCAACAUUAAAAAGUUUAUGUCAAUAUUGUCAACUGUCUUCUUGGAAAAUAUAUCUUUCGUUUCCUACGUA